GAGUUCGAGUACCUGAUGAAGAAGCGCUCGGUGACCAUCGGGCGCAACUCGUCGCAGGGCUCGGUGGACGUGAGCAUGGGCCACUCGAGCUUCAUCUCGCGGCGCCACCUCGAGAUCUUCACGCCCCCGGGCGGCGGCGGCCAUGGCGGGGCGGCCCCGGAGCCGUCGGCGCAGUCUGGGCCCGACGCGGGCGGCGACUUCUACCUGCGCUGCCUCGGCAAGAACGGCGUGUUCGUGGGCGGCGUGUUCCAAAGGCGCGGGGCGCCGCCGCUGCAGCUGCCGCGCGUGUGCACGUUCAGGUUCCCGAGCACAAAUAUCAAGAUCACGUUCACUGCCUUGUCCAGUGAGAAGAGGGAGAAACAGGAAGCGCCCGAGUCCCCGGUGAAGCCCAUGCAGGCUCACAUCUCGCCGCUGACCAUCAACAUUCCAGACACCAUGGCCCACCUCAUCAGCCCCCUCCCCUCCCCCACAGGAACCAUCAGUGCUGCGAACUCCUGUCCAUCCAGCCCCAGGGGAGCAGGGUCUUCAGGGUACAAAAUGGGCCGUGUGAUACCAUCUGACCUCAAUUUAAUGGCCGACAACUCACAGCCAGAAAAUGAGAAGGAAGCUUCAGGUGGAGACAGCCCAAAGGAUGAUUCAAAGCCACUUUAUUCCUAUGCACAAUUAAUUGUACAAGCAAUUACGAUGGUUCCUGAUAAACAACUCACCCUAAAUGGAAUUUAUACGCACAUCACGAAAAACUAUCCCUACUACAGGACUGCGGACAAGGGCUGGCAGAAUUCAAUUCGCCACAAUCUCUCUCUGAAUCGUUAUUUCAUCAAAGUACCAUGUUCCCAGGAAGAACCAGGCAAAGGCUCAUUCUGGAGGAUAGAUCCUGCCUCUGAAAGCAAAUUAAUAGAGCAGGCUUUUAGGAAAAGACGGCCUAGGGGCGUGCCUUGCUUUAGAACCCCUCUGGGACCGCUCUCGUCUAGAAGUGCCCCAGCCUCUCCCAAUCAUGCUGGAGUGCUGUCUGCUCACUCCAGUGGCGCUCAGACCCCCGAGAGCCUGUCAAGGGAAGGUUCACCAGCCCCUCUGGAGCCCGAGCCUGGUGCCUCACAGCCUAAACUCGCAGUCAUCCAGGAGGCGCGGUUUGCCCAGAGUGCACCAGGCUCACCUCUGUCUAGUCAGCCCGUCUUAAUCGCCGUGCAGCGACCACUGCCACCGACGAUCAAGCCUGUCACCUACACUGUCGCUGCCCCUGUGACCACCUCGACCUCCCAGCAGCCUGUCGUGCAGACGGUUCACGUCGUCCACCAGAUCCCAGCGGUGUCUGUCACCAGCGUGGCCGGACUGGCCCCAGCAAACACGUACACCGUCGCAGGGCAGGCUGUGGUCACUCAGGCGGCCAUGCUGGCCCCUCCUAAGACAGAGCCACAAGAGAACGGAGACCACAGAGAAGUAAAAGUGAAAGUAGAACCUAUUCCUGCGAUUAGCCAUGCCACACUAGGUGCUGCUGGCCGGAUCAUUCAGACGUCACAGACCACCCCUGUCCAGACGGUCACCAUAGUGCAGCAGGCACCUCUAGGUCAGCACCAGCUUCCAAUAAAAACUGUAACACAAAACGGGACUCACGUGGUGCCAAUCCCCGCCGCCAUCCACGGCCAGGUGAACAAUGCAGCGGCGAGUCCUUUGCACAUGCUGGCAACGCACGCCUCGGCGUCGGCCUCCCUGCCCACCGAGCGCCAGAACAGCGACCCGGCGGAGCAGCCGGAGCUGAAGCGGGUCAAGACAGAAGAUGGCGAGGGCCUUGUCAUCGCCCUGAGUGUGGACGCACCGCCGACGGCCGUGCGGGAGAAGGGCGUCCAGAACUAGCGGCCGGGAGAGUGUUUCUCACUUUAAUGUCAACUCUGUGGUGCCAAAAGGAGACACUGCCUCUCACCGACGCUUGGAGCGCAUU